AUGGAAUUCACGGGAACGCUUUGCCAGCUGAACGGGAGUGAGGUCUUCGACGCUUCUGAACGGCCUAGCCACCAUGAGAUCGAUGAGCGCCUUGGUCAACCUCUGCUUGACCACCCUCUUCCUCUUCUUCACGGGCCACGCCGCCUCCGCCGCCGCCGCCUUGGCCUUCAUCUCCCGCCAGUGAUCCAUCCAGAUAUCACUGCCCCCGGGACACGGUUGAAACGCAAGAGACGAACAGCAGCCAACGCCUCCUUCGUCGCCUUCAGGACAAGUUUUACGCCUGCUUCUUCGUCUUCACCAUCCCGUACCCCUCCGACGCGCUCCCCUGCAACUUCCUGGCGCCCAUCGCAGCAGGCGUGA